AUGGAGGUGAUGGCAGGUCCUACGUUCUCCAUCGAGGUCUCGGAAUACGGAAGCGAUCUACCGGCGACGGAGAAGGCUUCCUCCUCCUCCUCCUCCGGUGAAACGUUGAACGAGGAUGGAGGCGGUUUGAGUCGACCCGGAAGCGGAAUCUGGUCAGGGCAGACGGCGGAUUACUCGUCGGAAAGUUCAUCAUCGAUCGGAACGCCCGGAGACAGCGAGGACGAAGAAAGCGGGGAAGAAGACGACGACGUUUCAUCUAAAGAGCUAGGGCUUCGAGGAUUAGCUUCAAUGAGCUCUCUCGAAGAUUCUCUCCCCAGCAAAAGAGGGUUAUCGAAUCACUACAAAGGAAAAUCAAAAUCGUUUGGGAAUUUAGGGGAGAUCGGGAGUGUAAAAGAAGUGCCGAAGCAAGAGAAUCCAUUGAAUAAGAGAAGAAGGUUACAGAUCUGCAACAAACUGGCAAGAAGAUCGUUCUACUCGUGGCAAAACCCUAAAUCUAUGCCUCUGUUACCAGUAAACGAAGAUGAGGAUGACGACGAGGAAGACGAAGACGAUGAAGAUCUGAAAUCUGGGUUCGACGAGAACAAAUCAACAUCGAGCGACGAUGAGCGAGGAACGAGAGGAGUUGUUGCGAGGAGACCGUCGUUCAAGAACAGAGCCUUCAAGUCUCGGAGUUGUUUUGCACUCUCAGAUCUGCAGGAAGAAGAUGAUCAAUAA